CACGGAUUCACGAGGUGUUGACAUGACAGACCAAGGUGUCAAGAUAACGAUAACUCAUUUACCACGUUAAUGUUGAGCUCACAUGAUCUUUAGGCAGUGAAAUCUAUUUGAUAGUUGUUGCCGGUUUACCCAAAGCAUUGCACUUUAAAGCCGUAGCAACUAGCAGCCGAAAAUUCCCUUUCAACAUGGAUAAACUCAACUGCAUUUUUCAAAUUUUAGCCUUUGGGAUUUUCUUGAAUGCCGGAGCUAUUUCAGCUAAUCCUUUUUUAAACCGCAUGUAUCAUAAAAGGCUAGAAAAGGUUUUACCCAACAAUCAAGAAGCCUUCGAUGUUGGUAAUUCAUCCCUUGGGCAACGUGCUAUCUGCCCAGAGGAUUAUUCACCUUGUACAUGCGCCUUAACCAUCAGUGGAUUGGAAAUCACCUGUGCCGACGUCUCUAUCGAAGACAUCCAGGACGUGUUCUUCCGUACACAAACUCUUCGACUGUAUUUGGUUCUGUUGACGGCUACAGUCUCACCUUCGGGUACGAUUGCAUUACCCCCUGAUUUACUUCAAAACAAACAUGCAGACAACAUUUUCCUCAUUUGUCCGUCGGGUGCAUCGCCAAACGUUGGUCUCACCAUAGAUCCAUUUGCUUUUGAAUUCACCCGGUUCGAAACGACCAUAAUGGGCAUUCUGAAUUGCGAUCUAUCGGCACAAGCAGACAUGCGAUUCUUGAACGAUUUCACUGCUUUGUAUACGCUUCGCAUUGAGAACACGUUGAACGUGGAAGUCAUUGAAACUCUUCCGACAAGUACGUUGCCGGCUCUGAAGAAACUCAUCAUUACUGGAUGCACGGGAUUAGAAAAUGCCGCUUUUCCUGAUUUGACACCUGCAAGAUUAGAACGACUGUACCUGAAUGGCAACGGCUUAAACGACGAAGCCAUCAACAGCAUUUUGAUCUCUGUCGGUAGUUCGUCUUCAUCGAGCUCUUUGCAAGAGCUCGUUUUAGCCGACGAUGGAAUGGCAAAAGUUCCAAGGAUUGGAUCGUUUUCCCAACUUAGUGUGUACGACGUCAGCUAUAACAACAUCCCGUACAUGAGUCAAUUAACUUUGAUGUUCAGUGCGCCCGUACGAUUAGUCAGUCUUAAAAGUAUUUCCCUUUCUGCUAUCGAAGGAGAGGCUUUCCAAGGUGAUUUCUCGGUGGCUCAAUUCAACUUGGAGUACAAUCAAUUAAAAGAAUUUAGAGAAGAUGUUUUCAAAUCAAUGCUGCAACAAAUGGCGGCAUUGCCGGAUGGUGAAGGCGGUCAAGUCCUCGUCACUGGAAACCCGUUUGCGUGCGGUUGCGGUUUGGCCUGGCUGAUCCGAGACCAUCAAGAGCUCAUCCCUAGUGUGAAAAACGGCGUUUGCGAUGGGUUUUUCAGGUUCGAAGACUUGAAUCCGAAUUCGUUCACCAAUUGCAUCUAAGGAAAAUUGAACCCGGUGUGAUCCCGGAGGUGCCCGUAGACAUGCCCAAGUUAGUUUUUAAACUAAUUCUUUUUCGUAAGAUAUAAUGAUACAGAACUAACGUGUAUUAAAUAAAAAUGCUCGGACAUUA